AUGUCUCUACAAGAUGGCACUCUACCUGAUGAAGUCGCCCGCCCCAAGUCCGUUCCCAAUGGCAGUGAAUGGGCCAUUUUAGGCGGCAUUCCCUCGGAAGGCGUCGACAUCCCCAUCUCGUCCGUCUUCAUCCUCCUCUUCGCCAUCGCGGCCGCCUGGCACCUCUACACCUAUUUCGCCAUCGACCGGCGUCGGCUCCCGGCCCAGCGACACUUCUUUGCCAUCAUGUUCGUCGUCUUCUCGAUGCUGCGCAUCCUGUCGCUCAUUAUGCGCAUCAUCUGGGCCGCCUCGGUCACGGACCCGCACAUCUCCGAGAAGGUCGUCGCCGUGCCGGCCCGCGCCUUCACGACCGCGGGUAACACGCUCAUCUACAUCCUCAACUUCCUCAUGGUCCGCCGCCUGAACCGCGACUACGCCCUCUUCGGCUCGCACCCGGCCCCGCUGCGCAUCUGCCGCUUCCUCAUGUUCGCCACCCUGGCCUGUCUGGUCAUGGUCAUCACCAGCCUCGUCGACAGCUACCACGUGCACACGGGCUCCUUGGCGCAGCAAGGGCGCGCGGUGCAGCUCGCCGCUUUCACCAUCUUGACGGUUCUGGCGUUCAGCCCCGUCCUCUUCGCGGUUGUCGGCCACGCGUUCCGCGACACGGGCAAGAUUGCCAGCUCGCAGGAAGAAAAACGCCGGUACAAGGCCCGGCUGGGCCUGGUGCUCAUCUCGGCUCUGCUCAUGACGCUGGACGUCGGGUACGAGUGCGGCGUGGCGUAUAGGAGGAGGCCGGUGGAGAGGCCGGCGUGGUGGCAUCAUCGUGCUGCGCUGUACUUGUCGGAUUAUCUGUUGGAGCUGUUGAUGACUUGGAUCUUUGCGGUGGCGAGGGUGGAUGGAAGGUUUAGUAUACGGAGGGAGAGGUUGGAGAGUCGCGAUGGCAGCUUUGCGCCGCCGCAGCGUGUGGACUCGGGUAUGACCAUGGGCAUGGGAGAUGAAGAGGUGCGUCGUUAUCAUGGGCAGGAUGGUGAGGGGAAUGAGCAUGAGCAUGAGCAUGACUAUGAUCAUGGCCACGACCACGAUCACGAUCACGAUCAUGAUGGGUUUUGGAAGGAGGUGCACAUGGGGGCUUCUCAUGGCCCGCACGUUCAGGACCGUUCGGGGAGGAAGAGGUUUGUGGAUAGGAUUAAUACAGAUGAGGAUAUUUUUGGGUCGGGCUAA